AAAUGAUCCCUUGGGGCAUUUGAACGAUUGGGAUUAUGAGAAAACUUCGAUUAUUCGGCAUUGCAGCUGGAAUGGUGUUAAAUGCAAUGCGAAAGGGAGAGUUACAGAGCUUGAUGUUUCUAAUAUGAAUCUCACUGGUCAAAUUCCCGAUGAUAUUCAGCUGCUGUCUGAGCUUCGAGUUCUCCGAAUUUGCUGCAAUGCAUUCACUACAGUUUUGCCUGCUUCAAUUGCCAAUCUCACGCAUUUGGUCGUUCUGGAUGUAAGUGCGAAUUCUUUCUCCGGAAUGUUUCCCGCCGGCUUGGAGCGGGCCUCUGGGCUGGUCAGCAUAUGUGCUUAUAAUAAUAAUUUUACAGGACCGCUGCCGGAGGAUAUUGGGAGGCUAAAGUGGCUAGAGUAUUUGGAUUUUAUGGGAAGCAACUUUGAUGGUGGUAUUCCAAAGUCAUAUGGGGAGCUGAAACGACUCAGAUUUCUGGGUCUAGCAGGCAAUUAUCUAAGCGGAAGGAUUCCUCCGGAAAUUGGCUUCCUACCAUUGCUGGAGAGGCUGCUUAUGGCUUACAAUAGUUUCGAUGGCGGCCUUCCUCCGGAAUUUGGGAACCUGACCAACCUACGGCUUUUAAAUCUGGCCGAUGCUAAUUUGGAGGGCACUAUUCCAAAAGAACUCGGGCAACUUCAACAGCUCCAUACUCUGUUUCUUUACAGUAAUAAGUUGACAGGACCUAUACCCGCAGAAUUUUGGAACAUGGCGUCUAUGAUUUCCUUAGACCUGUCUGAAAAUGAUCUCUUGGGCGCCAUUCCAAUUGAAAUUGGUAAGCUAAAGAACUUAGAACUGCUGAAUGUUAUGUGCAAUAAUUUAAGCGGAGUCAUACCUGAAAGUAUUGGGGAUCUGCCCAAUCUUAAGACACUACAGUUAUGGAACAAUUCUUUUAGCGGCUGGCUGCCUCAGCAACUGGGAAGAAAUUCAGUUUUGGAGGUGUUGGAUGCAUCGACUAAUUCCUUCUGCGGUCCAAUACCUCCGGGGCUCUGUAGUAGAGGCGGCCUCACACGGGUUCUCCUUUUCAAUAAUAGCUUCACAGGCCCAAUUCCUGAGGGCUUGACCAGGUGCCCAUCUCUUAUGAGGGUCAGACUACAGAACAAUAAGCUAGUCGGUCCAGUCCCCCCUGGGUUUGGAAGCCUCCCAAAUCUCAACAUGCUUGAGUUGGCUCACAAUAACCUGAGUCACGAAAUACCCCAAGAUCUUGUCCUAUCCCCAAGGCUUUCUUUCUUUGAUCUAUCUUACAACCAGCUCGAGGGAAGUCUCCCUUUGGACAUGGAGAAGACGCCUAGCUUGGAGAAAUUUUAUUUUUCUCACAACAGUCUCACAGGGAAGAUCCCCGAUCGGUUCCAUAAUUGUAGCUACCUAUCUAUCCUAAACCUGUCUCACAACAACUUUUGGGGACCUAUUCCAGUGAGCAUUAGAGCCUGUGAGAAGCUGGUGACAUUGGAUUUGCAACAGAAUCAGCUCAACGGAAGCAUCCCAGCUGAGCUUGCAGAAAUGCGGAACGUGGCCAUAAUAGAUCUCUCCCAGAACUCUCUCACUGGCGCCAUUUCAUCAGAAUUCGGAAGCUCUCAAACACUGGAGAUUUUCAAUGUGUCUUAUAACCACCUCUCCGGCCCUAUUCCAAUGGAUGGGAUGUUUAGAACAGCUAGGGCUGAUUGCUUUGUGGCCAAUAGUGAGCUUUGCGGUGGAAUACUCGGCCCUUGCUCAAUUGGUACACAAACAAGCACUCCGGGAAAGGGCAGAGCACAUUUUGGUUGGCUUAUUGGAAGCUUAGUUUUACUUGUUGUGGGACUUCUUGUAGCGGGAGCUUGUUUUCUGUACAACCGCUACUAUAGCUGUGGGGUCAGCUUCAAGGACACAGAAGAGUGGCCCUGGAGGAUGACAACCUUCCAAAGGCUAAACUUCACCACUGACGACAUAUUGGCCUGCAUAAAUGAAACCAACAUUAUAGGAAGGGGUGCCAGCGGUACUGUCUACAGGGCAGAAAUGCCACGAGGACAGGGCACUGUAGCUGUCAAAAAGCUAUGGAAUGCCCGCCAAGAUUUAGAAGUCUCAGACCCCGGCAUUAAAGGCGAGGUCGAAAUGCUUGGAACCCUGAGGCACAGAAACAUACUCAGAUUGCUAGGCUACUGCUACAACGAUGUGAAUACUUUUCUCAUCUAUGAAUAUAUGCCCAAUGGGAACCUUGCAGACGCUCUUCAUGGGAAAUCAGCCCACUACAAUUUAUUGGCAGACUGGGAUUCAAGGUAUAACGUUGCUGUCGGAAUCGCUCAGGGACUUUGCUAUCUGCAUCACGACUGUUUUCCUCUUGUGAUUCACAGGGAUGUUAAGUCGAAUAAUAUUCUGCUCGAUUGCAAUCUAGAUGCUCGUGUUGCAGACUUUGGGCUCGCCAAGUUUAUAGAGAAGAACGAAACCAUGUCAAUGGUUGCAGGUUCCUAUGGAUACAUUGCUCCAGAGUAUGCCUACACAUUGAGGGUGGAUGUGAAAAGCGACAUAUACAGCUUUGGCGUGGUGCUCAUGGAGUUGCUGACUGGAAGAAAACCAGUAGACGAGGAGUACGGAGAGGCAAUAAAUAUUGCGGACUGGGUUAGAGAUCAAAUCAGAACCAGCGAAGGAACAGUGCAGUUGCUGGACCCUACUAUUGUUGGUGCACUCUGUAGUGAUGUACAGGAAGAGAUGAUCUUGGUUUUGAGGAUUGCUCUGCUCUGCACCAGCAAAUGUCCCAAGGAUCGACCCUCCAUGAAAGAUGUCGUUACCUUGUUGGAAGAAGCCAAGCCGAGGGGAAAGAACAGUUCGGCUGCGAAAGAACGGACUGCAUUUGCCCCUUCUUUCAUUUCAAGGAUGCGAACAGAUAAGUUACAGAUCUGUUCACUAUGAUGACAAUGAAAAAUAACUUUAUGGAUCUGUGGGAUAUUAGCAUGUAACUAUUCUUCAUUUUAUUUAAUUAGUUCUUUACAGUUUAAGUGCUGAUUCAUUUUGCAAAUAAGUUCAUCGCCUAGAGUUGAAUUCACGGGAGAAGCAGAAUUGGCUUCGUGUGCAGAGUUAACUAGCAGAGCUUACGUGCAGUGAUCAAUGGCUCAAUUCCGCUCGUUGUUAUGGUCAAAUCUCAAAAGAGCAUUUAGUCUUACGUUUGAAAUGUGCCAGCUGUCGCGAAUAACUUUCCCGUUUAAUCGCCAUCUGUUCUAUAUGGUUUUCCCAAGAGAGGCAAUAAAACCUGAUCUCAUGCUACAGGUCAUCUAUUUUUGGAUAGUGAAA